AUGAAAAAAUGGUCCAGCUAUGAGAAUAUUUCGGAAAAAUUGAGAAAUAUUCCACAAGAGGCUUUUGAUAAUAUACACAGAUUAUACGAACCUCAGAUUGAUGGCUUCAAUGUUAUCACUCACGGAGAUAUGUUUAUGAAUAACUUACUAUAUUGCCACGAUCAAAAUGGAAAGCCGAUUGACAUUCGAUUUGUCGACUUUGCAUGCGGAAAGCUUGUGAGUCCAUCGCGUGAUGUGGUUACUUUGUUGUACGGUUCUUCACAUUCAUCAAUUAAGCAAGAUGAUCGCGAGCAUCUCAUCCAAUAUUACCAUUCUGAGCUGGUGAAGUAUUUGAAACUCUUGAAAUUUCCCACAAUCCCCACGCUAUUCGACAUUCAAUCGGCAUGUUUUCGAAUUGAUUUUUACAAUGCGCUCAUUAUUUUAUUUAUCGUUGGAUUACGCCACAUUAAUACAUUUCACGAUGGCGGCUAUAUAGAUGUC